CUCCUUUAACGCAAUUCGUGUUUAUGGCUCAAACCCUUCUGAAGUGGGUUGGUACCUCUUCAAGGUUAUUUGGUUCUUUCAAACCAGCGCUACACACGCAUGGGCUUCAGGUUCAGGUUCCGUUCCAACGACAAAUCAAGGCAUUCACUUUGUCCGAUAGAGGUGGUGGUGGCGCUGGUGGUUACAGUGGUCGGGAUUUUCUGGCGUUGUCGGACGAACAACUGAUGGGCCAAUGCGAGAUGGAUACGUUCAAGGCGUCCGGUCCUGGAGGUCAACACCGCAACAAGCGAGAGAGUGCCGUCCGACUCAAACACGUACCUACUGGCAUAGUAGCUCAGGCUGUUGAGGACCGCUCACAACAUAAGAACCGUGCAUCGGCAUUAGCUCGUUUGCGCACUUUGUUAGCUCUUAAAGUCAGGAACAAAUUAAACCUUGAUGAGUACAGACCUCCUCUGGAGCUUCUUCAGAUUCUUCCUGCAAAGUCAACAAUGAGAACAUCAGAUUGUGGUCCACAAAUAGGACCAAAUAACCCAAAAUUUGUCUUGGGAAUGCAAGCCUUGUUGGAUCUAAUUUUCGCAGUUGAUGGUUCCAUAUCAGAUGCAGCAAAGUACUUGGGGUUAAGUACAGGUGCUCUAUCACGGUUGAUAUUGUCUGAUGAUUCUCUUCGAAUGGCUGUAAAUGAACUAAGGUCAUCAAAGAUAUAGUUUACAAACGUAGAACAGCCACAGAACCAAACGCCAUCAUAGUGUGCCCACUGAGUGCUCCCAAUUCUGCAAAGGACAACUAGGGAAAAAUGACAUCCGAGCUACAAUUAAUGCUGGUGAAGUUCCAGAAAUCAAUCAAGAGCCAAUGUAGGAAUAAACUUCCUUUGCAACAGUAGUUUAGGGACUUUGGUCAUGGGGGAAUGGGGUGUAUAUUUGAAACCUGGUACCUAUACUCUAUAGCAACCUGUAAUGAGGUCAUAUUCCAACACCAUUUUGGGAUAGGAAAAUUACCGAGGAAUUUAAAUUCGAAGUACUUGAAGUGAGGAAAAAAAACACCGUAUGAGGUAAUUACAUUGAGAAAAAAAUUGUU